GUCGAUUUCUCAGGGUUGAUGCGAUCUUGCGAAUGAUAUCCCUCCAAGACCUUUGUGUGCUUCGGUGCUGUGGUGUCACUGUGAACAGGAUGAGUUUGCGACCGGGGGAGAUCGAAGAUGUUGACUCGGGUUUUUGCAUAAUAGUGCAAGUUGCGUCAGUUGCUACUGAUGGCAUGAUUGCCCCUGCUUUCGAACAACAGCCUCUUUGGGCACCUGCAAUGGCAGCUGCCAUGGAGGCACAUCAACUGAUUGCUGAUGAUGACCCAGAAGCACAGGAUGACAAUGUCUCCUUUAUGCAGAUUGGACGUGGCAUGAGCGACCCAGGGAUUCGGCAUGUUCCGUUGAUGACCUGUAAACCAGGCAAUGAUGAUGCUGAUCUAGGUUUUCCAAUCAUCCGCCCAGCCGCUGACUUGCCACAGCGACAGCGGCUUCCGCGACAUGACGGCCAAGAAGAUUGGAUCAUCCCUCUGGGUAAUUUGAUCCAUGCGCAUGGCACUCGAGGGGUAUGGGACAAUGAAAUUCUGAUGCACGUCACGACGUGGUUUAUUCAUCACAACCAACGUCCCAUCUGUAGACGGCCAAGAAUCAUUCAACUGCAUGGUAACCCCCUCACAUGGAUUGAAGAUCUCAGAGCAGUGUGGUCUGACUUUAUGGAUCGACGACGACCAUUUGCCAUCCGUAUCGUGCAGCCGCGCCCACCACAACAUUUGGUCCAGCCAAGUGUUUGCCACAUACUGCUUGAGCAGGGAAGUUCUGACCAGCGUGUUGCAGUGAUUUUCACAGCUUUGAUGGAAGGUACACCACACGAUGCCAUUGUGCAAGGUGCUUAUUCUGCACCGCAUCGAGUCAACCGUGACAUUGUUUUGCAGAUCAUGGAUCUCUUGCCAUGCAGUGUUCAUCGUAGGAAAUCUGCCUACCACCUCACGGAAGAUCGCCUUGUACACUCUGGUAUGGGCUUCAGCGGAUGCAUCCAGGAUAGCACUAAAGUUCAGGAAGAAAGACUACAGCUCCGGUUUGCUGAAGCUAGCCAAGCCUUGGACAAGCUUGACACACAUUUCACUUUGCCAGUGUUUGAUCUUGAAGCGGUCCUGGAAGGACAUGCGCAGUGGUUGCCUCAAUGUCUCCCAUGGAUACGUGAUGAAUGGUACGCCUGGGAUCAGCCUUUUGAACAUGUCUCAGUGUACUACGAUGGAUCAUUCCUGCCCAAAGAAGGAACUGCAGGAGCUGCAGCCGCAGCGUUUGUCCUGCAAGGAAGGCGUUGGUUGUUCGCUGGGGCAGUUUCGGCGCAUCUUCCCUCACCAGAAUUUGGGUCAUACACGGCAGAAGUCCGAGCAGCACUUUUGGCAACAAAGCAAGCCUAUGACCUUGUGAAAAUCGCAGUUGAAGUUUUCGGAGCCAAGCCCAGUGUCUCCUUCCUGUUUGACUCUCUCUCUGUGGGUAAGCAGGCAGAAGGUCUAUGGCAAGCCAAAAAAGACAAGGUCUCAUGCCAUGCUAUCCGCAGUAUCCUACGGAAGUAUGACCGAUGGCCAAAGCUUCUUUUAGCCGACGCUAACUGUAGAUUUGGUGACUGCCCAAAUCAACACAUUGGUGACCACGAUGCAGAGAUCUCCACGGCCAAGAGUGAGGUCACGCAGGCUCUUAGGCGGGAUGAUGUCCUUUUCUAUGAUGCUCUUGCCCAAGAGAGCUCUCACUGGCUGGAACCCCAUCAUGCAAGAAAGCUGUGGCGGACACUCAGACGAAGCUUGCCCAAAUUUCGACAGCGCAGAGUUGGGUUUGACCCUCUCAAAGUUGAUGCUCUGGAUGAUCAGUGGAUGCCCCAUUUGUGCCAGCUUGAAGUUGGGCAAUCCACGACAUCGAUGCAACUGCUGGAUGAAUGUCACAAGAGACAGCUUCAAGUGCCAAUACAACAACGACAGUUUGAUUUGACUGAUCUCCCUACGAUUUGCCAGCUCGAAGAUGUCAUUCGUCAAACACCAGCAGGGAAAGCCACCGGUUUUGAUGCACUGCCUUCGCAGUUGUUCCGGCAAAAUCCCUGUGAUUUGGCCGACAUUUUCUUCCCGUUGCUCCUCAAAAUGUAUGUCUGGCAACAUGAGCCCAUUGCUGGGAAAGGAGGUCAACUAGCAGUGAUUCACAAGAAAGGUAGCCCAUUUGCUGCGCAGAACUAUCGCGGCAUUAUGUUGCUCCCUACCUUUACCAAACGAGUCCAUGCUUUGUUGCGAUCGCACAUCAUGAGCCUGCUCCAUAGACAACGCCCACCUGGACAGCUUGGAGGGUUUGCGCACCAACAGGUGAUGUAUGGAUCCCAAUCGCUUCAAGUCUUUGGACGAAUCAUGGAUGGACAGAAUCUCACGUCAGGCAUACUUUUUCUUGACCUUACCACUGCGUUCCAUCGGCUGGUCCGUGAAUGGACCUCAGGUAUCAGUGUUGAUGCCGACCUUGAGGAAGUCUUGGCGGCUAUGGAUGCUGAGGGCCUACCUGUUGCCGACAUGUGUGACCGACGUGCAUACAAACACAUGGAUGGCAGUUGGAGCAUCGCGAUGUUGCAAAAAGUGUUACGCUUUACGAAGGAUACCAUGCUUUCGACACCGACUGCUGAAGUGUUCCGACGUACCCAGCAGCCGGAUCCAAGAGUGCGUUUAGCCACAGAUCGAUUGCUAUAUGCGCAGAGAUUGUGGGAGCAUGGCCCUGCUGACCUUCAACAUUUGCUGCAUCGGGAGCAGGCACUCUGCCAGACUUCGUGGAUGGAAGGACUCGUUGCGGACCUUGAGUGGCUGCGCAAACUCGAGCCUGAUGAGCAGACGCCUAUAGACCCAAAUGACUUGACUGCACUUUUCGAUUACUGGCAAAGUGGCACACCAGAGUGGCGGAAAAGGGUCAAACGAGCAUUCCGCAGAUUUCAGCAGCAAGAACACAUGAUGCAACAAAUGCACAGGCUACAUGGCCAGUUCAUGAAAGCAUUGAACAGUUGCGCAUCCUUUCGAGAUGACUUGCAAAAGAGAGGCUUCCGUGUCCUUGAGGACUUGUCACAUGUGCCUUCAUCACAGCCUAGAGGCCUGCACCGCACAGAAGCCUUACAAGCUCUAGGACCACACAUGCAACCCAAGGAUAGCCGCAGCAAUGAAUUGCUGCUGACCUGCCAGAGACUUGCACAGGUCGAAGAAGCCAUUUUUUGCAUACGUGAGCCGCCUGAUGCAGAUGAGCAAAUGAGUGCCUACUGGCAAUGCCUCACAGCUGCAACUGAGGGGUGGUCCCAACGAUUUUGUGACUCUGGAUAUGACGCAUCCUCGAUCACACAUCUUCCGGAUGCGUGGCUGGAUGUGGCCGCUACUGCUGACCCAGAUUUCCCUGAGUGGCUGGAGAGCGUCUACAUUGGAUGGGGUGAAAGAUGUUUGGAAGAUGUGAUUGCUCAUUUUGAAGAUGGUGAAGCUGAGUCUCUUGUGGACACUGCUUAUGCCGAUUUCAUAUUUGAAUUUCCCAGAAUGCAAGCGCUCUCUGAGGCCGCCUUUCUGCGUCAGAAGAUCGGACGUCUUGAAUGCGAACAAGGGUCCCAUUUUCCUCAUAGAUUGCCAAGAUUUGGCGCAGCUAAUGCCAAAGAGAGGACACAGACUGCAUUGAAAAUCCCAUCACUAUUUGAGCAACAGGAAGAGUGGCUGGACAAAGUGCGAGCCUUCAAGUUCGAUACUAUUCCAGACUGCAAUAGCAUACCAAGUAGUGUCGAAGCACGUUCUGGAUUACCAGUUUUUCUAGUUGUGCAUUUGUUUAGCGGCAGAAGGCGAGCCACUGAUAUCUAUGCGAGACUUGAAGAGUUUGCCCUUGGCAAGGGAUACAGAGUUCAAGUCCUGUCCUUGGACACCGCUGUCUCUGCCUUUUAUGGUAAUUUGCAGGUUGGCCAUGCCACAUGGAAGGUCCUCAUGAACUUGUACCAAGCUGGAAGAGUCUCUGCGACUAUUCUGGGCUCGCCAUGCGAAACCUUUUCAGCAGCGCGGCACCAUCCCCCCGAUGAUGUGCCCCCUGAAGAAGUGAUGAAGAAAUGGCCUAGGCCACUCAGAAGUGCCAAGCGAUUUUUUGGACUUGAGGGCCUAUCCACUAGAGAAUUGAGGCAAGCAGAGCAAGGAGCUGAAUUCUUUCUCCAAGGGAUUCUUGUUGCCGCUUGGACUCUCCGGCAUGGUGGUGUUUACCUCAGUGAACACCCAUGGAAGCCGGAGGAUGAGGCCAAAGUGAGCAUCUGGACCUCCCCCUGGGUGCAAUUGAUCCUCCAGCUGCCGAAUGUCAAGCUGCAUAGGGUCUGCCAAUGGAGGUGGGGAGCCAGUGCAGUCAAACCUACGGGGAUCCUUGCUAUCAAUUGCCCCUUUUUUGCUCAAUCCGCAUAUCGACGACAGCUGCCUGAUGCUGUCAAACCACAACAAGUUGCUAUUGGCCGAGACAGGCGCACUGGACUUUUUCACACCGCGGUACUCAAAGAAUACCCACCAGCCUUUUCAGCGGCAUUGGCAGGAGCGGUGGCUGACUGUUUCCAGGUUGCAAUUCGCCAACGCAAUUUGACUUGUGGGUCUGUGCAUGAGCCGGAAACUGAAGCAUGGGUACAGGAGGCCCUAAGGGCCUGCGCCGACAUUCGCACAGAGGCGCCGUGGCUUCCAGAUUUCCAAGGCUAA